UGAACUGAUUUUCCUCUGUCACCGAGGCAUGCUCUGCAGAGGCUGUGUGUCUGGUGGAAGUUAUCCCAGCUUUGGAGUCAGGUAUGCCAAGAUUGGAAUCCAGGCCCUGCAGGAUUUUGGUUCAUAUAAGCAUUUUGAAUUUACUUUUUUUUUUUUUUAAUCUGUGGAACAGGGAUAAUAAUAUUGGAUGUGCUUGGCUGAAAACAGAUUAUUUGGAUGAGGCAUACACUAGUUAGACUUAGUAAAAGAGUUGUUAUUAUUCCAAUUUAAAAAUUUUUAAUGUAUUGUUUCUAAUAGUUGUGGAUGUAUUUAGUCCUCUAAUGCAGGGGUGGGGACUGUCCAGGCUGUGUGAGGCCCACAGCAUCAUUUGGUUUGGCCCCACCAAAGCUGCUGCAGGUGGUACUCAAAAUCCCGUAAAUCUAAAGCCAGUUAAUUUUUAAGUUGGUGAUUUUGUGUGGUCCACUAAUGAUGUUAUAAACAUCCAGAUGGCCCUUGGCAGAGACAAGUUUUCUCACCCUUGCUCUGAUGUUCACACCAUUGUUGUAUUUCUUUGUUAGCCGAGGUGAACAUUAUUGACUGUGACUGUGGAACCCUGAAACACAGCAAAGCUAAUUGGCCAACAUGAAGUUUGAUCCCUGACCCUGCCUUCAUUAGCUCCAUGAGUCAUAAAAUCUCACCAGAAUAAAUGAAAAAUUGAUUGAGUUGGUGCAAUGCAGCAAGAAGGGGACAGAUGCAGAGUUCGCGCCAGAAGGCCUGAUAUGGCACUUUAUGUCCCCAAAGCUCUAAGGGGUACAGUGCUCCUCAAGACCGGUGAUAAGGAAAAAAGCUGUAGUUCAGUAAACUGUCUGGUGAAAGAGGAACAAAACAGUUGCCUCUCCCAAAAGGAGGUCCUUAGAGACAAACCUGAGGCUCAGAGACUAAGUACCAAUCCUGAUGGAAAGGAGCGUAACUGGAAAGAAGGAAAGACUUCUCCAGCAAGAUUAAGAAAACACACAUGCCUUCAAAACAGAAAUAAAGAUAGGGUUUGCACCAAGAGAGGGACUAUAGAAUCCAAAGAAGUAUCCCAGGGACACCAGCACAGGGUCCCAAAUGUUGAUAUUGCACCUAGUAUACCUUUACAAAGGCAUUUUAAACCAAAGAAGGUAGAGUGUUUGGAGGUUGAAACCACAGAUUUGACAGGAUGGCAGAGGAUUCCUGUAUCACAGUCUUGUUCAGAAAUCCCUGAGGCACAAGUUCUAAGCAAACCACUCCAAAAUAUGGAAUUGAGUGAACUAAGUGGGGAAACUUCUCAAGACAGAGAUUUGGAAAGCAGAAUUGAAACCGAUGCCCAAAUUGUAGAGACACUGUCCCGGUUUCCUGGAGUUUUUAGUUCUGUAUUACAAACUGAGAGUCUGAAUACAUCAGUAAAAUUAAGCUCUGAUUCUGCAACUGCACCACAAGAUGGAAAGCCGAGGCUCAGCAGUGGAGAAGUCACGGCUGUCACUGAUUCUGCAUGUCCACAUCCUGUCAUUGAUCAAGCCUCUGCCUACUUUGCAUCGGAGAAUAUAGGUGAUACAGUCAACAAUACAGAUUCUGUCUUUGGUUGGAAAGGUAUAGAUUCCAUUCCUGAGACUGUGGGUCCUGUCACUCCUGAAGAGACUACAGACAGUAAAUUCAGGAGCACAAAUGGAAUUGUUGAUCCAACGAAAAUUAAAAAGUGUGAGAAGAAUAACAUCAGUGCCAGUGAGUUUUGUGUGGAGUAUGGACUUUCUGAGACAGUUGUCCUUGCUCAGGAAACAGACAGAAAUAGUAGGUGUCAGGAUAUAGAUGAUAUUACCAAUAAGGCAUGUAUGGUGGACAUUGCGGAUGAUCUAUGUCAUCAUGCAACUACAGACAGUCCUUGUGAAGUUCUGGUUGGAGUAGCUGAUGAGACCUGUGCUACUAUUUGUGAUUUCUCAGGAAAUAUAGAAAUAAGUGCAGGUGCAGCCCAACCUCAAGAAGUUAGAAGUGGGGAUGACGCUGAAAAUUUCAGCAACCUGAUUUCUUGCCCAGAUAUUUAUGGUGAGAAUAUUUUAUCUGAUUUUACAGAGUCAACAGGAAAGUUGACAGAGAACUCGUCAGGUUGUACUUCCUCCUUCCCUAGAAAGAAGAUUGCUGAUGGUAAUUGUCACACUUUUUUGGACUCUGAACUCAGUGUGUUAAAUGGCCCAGAAAUAUUUGCAGACAAUGCCUCAGGCAGUGAUGUGGAUAGUACUGGCGAUACAACAAAGGCGUCGCUUGAACUGAGGACUGCUGAAGAUGUCGAAACAGAAGAGCAGCGUGACUCAGAGGAUACAGAACUCGGAAUAUCCUUUCCUGGUGGAGAAUCUUCUAUGGGAACACGCACGGAACUGAACACAGCUGAAACUUCUUGUGGGGAGGGCAGUGCUGAUCCCGAGGAAAGCUGGGAAUCUAUGUUUAAUGAUGAUGGUGACUGCCUGGAUCCCCGUCUACUACAGGAGUUAUCAGGGAAUGUACACAAAGCAAGCAUCCAGGAACCUAGAUUUGAUUAUUACAGCCAUGAAGUUCCUGAUAUUGACCUCAGUGAGUGUGAAUUCCCUCAUGUCAUUGAAAUUUAUGACUUCCCUCAAGAAUUUCGUACUGAAGACCUUCUGCGGGUUUUCUGCAGUUAUCAAAAGAAAGGGUUUGAUAUUAAAUGGGUUGAUGAUACACAUGCCCUGGGAAUAUUCUCCAGUCCAGUUACAGCUCGUGAUGCUCUGGCUAUUAAACAUUCCAUGGUGAAGAUUCGACCUUUGUCACAGGCCACCAGAGCAGCCAAGGCCAAAGCUAGAGCUUUUGCUGAGUUCUUGCAGCCAGCCAAGGAGCGCCCGGAGACCUCAGCAGCCCUGGCCAGGAGGCUGGUCAUCAGUGCCCUUGGGGUUCGAAGCAGACAGAACCCGAGGGACCGGGAAGCAGAGCGUAAGAAGCUGCAGGCAGCCAGGGAGAGAAAACGAUUGGAAGCCAAGCAACGAGAAGACAUUUGGGAAGGCAGAGACCAGUCUGCAGUCUGAAUAUCACCGAAAGAAGGAAAUAAUUUCAUGAUUGGAAAAUGUUUUCUUGGGCUUCAAAUAAGAGGAUCUUUCCAGAGCUCUGUGCACAUGCAGGUGUGCCCGUUAUAGAGUUGAAAGUGAUGGAGCAAAGACUGACUGGGUCUAUAAAGAAGACAGAUACCUGUCUUCACUCCUAAAAGCAGUUCUCUAGAAUGCACUACUGUGGUGGGAGUGGAAGGGAGCCGUCACCCAGGGAGAAAUAUGGAAGGUUUGGCUUCCACGAGUCCUCUGGACAGUGUAAGUCACGUUAGCAUGGUUCACCAAGAUAAUCUGGAAAAAAAGCAAACAGAGAAUUCACAUCUGCAGUGAUGGGAGAUUCAGGCCCCACACAAGGCAGAACCUUCCCUAGUAUCUCACAGAACUGAAAACAGCAAUAUGGGGCAUAGAAGGGAAGCAAGUAAGGAACAUUCACUACAAAGAGAAAGAAUAGUGUAUGGUGGACUUGGAAUACAUAGAAUCUGCACUGCCGGUUCCAGUACACCAGAGUCGAUGAAAUGCAGCCGAUGUGGGUAUUUGGACUCCAGCGUCUGUAUUGAACUAAGUGCCUGGGGCUGCUCAGGCUGCAUAGCAGCUAGUGCCAGCUUCAUUCCUCAUAGUAAGCCAACCUUGGGAGCUGAGUGCCAGUUCCAGUUUAAACAGUAACAUCAGGUUGUAAGAGGGAGACAUUAAAGCCCAUUUUAUGACAUAUACA